GAGUGGCGCGACAGACCGCGGAAGGGGCGUGGCCUCGGGUCCCGGGUGGCGGCAGUUGCCGCCACCAGGGCCUCUUUCUCCGGGAGGUGCUGCUGAGGCUGGCUUGCGCGGGGCAGCCAUGGCCCCCUAUUAAAUCCACUGGGUUGGAAAGCGGGGCGGGGCUUGGCUGGCGGGUGGCAGCCCGAGAGGAGGCGGGGGCGGGGACGGGGCCGGCCUCUAGAUCCUUCUUCCUCCGCAUGUGGCUUGCGGCCGCAGAGCAGUUCAAUUUGCUCUCUCUUUGCGGUUUCCUUCGUUCCCUCCUCGCGUCGCUGGAGCCAUGGCGUUCUCCGAGACCAACACGGCGGCAUCUUCCAUGCCCAACGGCGAUUGUGGUCGCCACAGAGCGCGGCCGGGAGGGAACCGGGUGACGGUGGUGCUUGGCGCGCAGUGGGGCGACGAAGGCAAAGGGAAGGUGGUGGAUCUGCUGUCGCAGGACGCCGACAUCGUUUGCCGCUGCCAGGGAGGAAAUAACGCUGGCCAUACAGUUGUUGUAGAUUCUGUAGAAUAUGAUUUUCAUCUUUUACCCAGUGGAAUAAUUAAUCCCAACAUUACUGCAUUCAUUGGAAAUGGUGUGGUAAUUCAUCUACCUGGAUUGUUUGAAGAAGCAGAGAAAAAUGUUCAAAAAGGAAAAGGUCUAGAAGGCUGGGAAAAAAGGCUUAUCAUAUCUGACAGAGCUCAUAUUGUAUUUGAUUUUCAUCAAGCAGCUGAUGGUAUCCAGGAACAACAAAGACAAGAACAAGCAGGAAAAAAUUUGGGUACCACAAAAAAGGGCAUUGGUCCAGUAUAUUCUUCCAAAGCUGCUCGAAGUGGACUUAGGAUGUGUGAUCUUGUCUCUGAUUUUGAUGGCUUCUCUGAGAGGUUCAAAGUUCUGGCUAAUCAAUACAAAUCUAUAUACCCCACUUUGGAAAUAGACAUUGAAGGUGAAUUACAAAAACUCAAGGGUUAUAUGGAAAGAAUUAAACCAAUGGUGAAAGAUGGAGUUUAUUUCCUUUAUGAGGCCCUCCAUGGACCACCAAAGAAAAUUUUGGUGGAAGGUGCAAAUGCUGCACUGCUUGAUAUUGAUUUUGGGACUUACCCUUUUGUAACCUCUUCAAAUUGUACUGUUGGAGGCGUUUGUACUGGUUUGGGUAUGCCCCCUCAAAAUGUGGGAGAAGUGUAUGGAGUUCUGAAAGCUUACACAACUAGAGUUGGUAUUGGUGCCUUUCCUACAGAGCAAGAUAAUGAUAUUGGAGAAUUAUUACAAACAAGGGGUAGAGAGUUUGGUGCAACGACUGGAAGGAAAAGAAGAUGUGGCUGGUUGGACCUCGUUUUACUUAAAUAUGCUCACAUGAUUAAUGGAUUCACCGCGUUGGCACUUACCAAAUUGGACAUUUUGGAUAUGUUUACAGAAAUCAAAGUUGGAAUUGCUUACAAGUUAGAUGGUGAAGUCAUACCUCAUUUCCCAGCAAACCAGGAAGUUUUAAAUAAAGUUGAAGUUCAGUAUAAGACUCUGCCGGGAUGGAACACAGACAUAUCAAAUGCAAGGACAUUUAAAGAACUGCCUGUUAACGCACAAAAUUAUGUUCGAUUUAUUGAGGAUGAGCUUCAAAUUCCAGUUAAAUGGAUUGGUGUAGGUAAAUCCAGAGAGUCUAUGAUUCAGCUCUUUUAAGGAUUUUCAGUGACAAGAAACACUCCUGAGAAGGGGAAUAAAAGACUUUCACAAACAUUUAUGAUCUGCAAAUUCAAGAAUAAAGACAUUGAAGUGAGUUGUACGCCUACAGUUGUUUCCAGUCUUUUAAGAUGGAUGGCUGUUGGUGGAAAUAAACUUUGGCAUAUUCCAAUGUCAGCUUUCCUUCCAUGGCAUAAUUGCCGAAUCAUUUGUUGCUCCUGCUGCUCAUGGUGCCACAUUUUCUGUUAAUGUUCAGUAAUUGUAUAAUCCCUGUUUGAAAUCUAAAAUAGAAUUACUUUAAUGUAGUUUUUCUUCAUUAUUGGUGUUGUGUGUUCUUAGGUUUUGCUCCUAUUAGAUGGUAAAAACAAUUAAUGCAGUUUUGCACAAAUAUUUUUACAUUCUGAUCAUUCAAUUAUGUCAGUAUAACCUUUGCUGUUAGAAAAAGUAAUUAAAUGAAAGGGGUCCUUAAACUUUUGUUAUGCUAUAAAUUCUGUUCAAAUUUUGAAUUUAUUUUUUAGUAAGACUAUUGCAAAAUUGAGCUUUGAGAUGGGUGUGGGUAAUUACAAGUCCUUUUGUUUGUACAGAACACAGAACUUAUUUCUCUCUGUAAAUUAUUUAAUACACUGAGUAUUUCAGUAAAUGUUCGAAGAGAAAAGGUGUUCCUCAAAACAGUGAUCUUAAUAUUUUUGACAAAGUCAUUAAAAAAUUGGUUGUGAUUUUUGGUGGAUAUUUUUCUUUACUUUCAGACCUCAACUUUGUGAUACCAUUAUUCCAAAACCUAAUGGAUGAUUUUUUCAACUUUGUGCCUGCUCAUUUGCCUACAAAAUCAUCUAAGUACCCAAAUGAACCCAAAUUGCUGGUCAUAAUUUUGAUUAUGCCUUUUUUUACUCCUUUGUUGGUGGGGUGAAAAAGGCAUUAUUUUGACAGUUGGGCUUAACGUGUUGUAGAUGAUCCUUCAUUGAACUAUCUUAAAUGUUUAAAUUAGGUGCCACUUAAAUUUACUUUAUUAUCCCAUCAAUAGCUAAUUAAAAAGAACCAAAUAUUUCUAGUA